AUGAACACGAACGUCAAGCGGCUCCGCAAAGAGCUCCAGGAGCUCAAGAAGAACCCGGAGGAGGACAUGGUGCUGUACCCGGAAGAAGACACGAUCAUGCGAUGGAAAGCUUUUAUCCGUGGUCCCACGGACACGCCGUUUGAAGACCGUUGCUUCGAGUUGGCGAUUCAAACCACGUCUCUGUACCCCAUGGAGCCGCCCAAGAUGAAGUUCAUGACGAAGAUCUUUCACCCCAACGUGCAUUUCAAGGACGGCAGCAUCUGCCUGGAUAUUCUCAAGCGCGAGUGGUCCCCGGCGUGGACCUUGAGAGCUGCGUGCUUGGCUGUGAUAUCGCUGUUGUCGGACCCUGCAGCGGACUCGCCUCUUAACUGCGACGCCGGAAACAUGAUUCGAGCGGGCGACAUGCUGGCAUACAACACUAUGGCCGAGAUGUACAAGAAGGAGUUUGGCUUGCUUGAGCUUCCAAAGGAACCGUACUAG